UGAUUGAUACUUAACGUUAAAAUAAAACAACACUAACAAUGAAAAGUUAAAAGAAAAAAGAUGGAUACACAUCCACUUUUCAUGAUUUUGUAGUUAUAGAAACCUCUCACACAACCCCCCAACCGUCGCAACCCCCCAACCGUCGCAACCCCCGUCACCACCAUCCACCGUCCGCCACAUGGCUAACAAUCACAAACCGCUCCUCCUCCUACUCCUACUCACAAUCUCAACUCUCCUAAUAAUAACCGUCACCGGCCGUACAAUCACCACAACUUCUUCACCGGAUCUCGUCUCCGACGGCGUUAACAAUGACCACAACACUUACAACAUACUCCGUCUCAAUCCUUUUUUAUCCGCCGGAGAAACGGAAGCCUGUGAGCAGACCUACGGAUUCAUGCCGUGCACCACCACAACACUCGGAAACUUGUUUCUUAUUCUGGUGUACGGUUACCUCAUGUUUCUAGCGGCUACUUAUCUCUCUUCUGGAAGUGAACUGUUGUUGGAGAUUUUAGGUCCAGGUCUUGUUGGCGGUCUCUUGCUUCCUAUGCUUGGUGCUCUUCCUGAUGCGAUGCUUAUUCUCGUAUCUGGAAUAACUGGAACCGUUGAAGUUGCUCAAGAGCAGGUCUCCGUAGGAAUGGGUUUAUUAGCUGGUUCAACUGUCAUGCUUAUUACUGUGAUAUGGGGAACCUGCAUCAAUGUUGGCAAGUGUGAUAUAGAGAACUCAGUUGCUGUAGAUAACAAAGAUACUAAAGGAUUUAACAUAGUUGGAUCUGGUGUGAGUACCGAUAUUUGGACAAGCUAUUCUGCCAUGAUUAUGGCCGUAUCUGUGCUUCCGUUUAUCGUUGUUCAAUUCCCACAAAUUAUGCAUUCAGAUUCCGGAAGACACUUGGCAGUUUUGAUCGGUCUUAUUGUAGCAGUCUCUCUUUUAAUUGCAUACUGCGUUUAUCAGGUUGUUCAGCCUAAGUUGCAAAGAAGACGUCUUGCUUUUGCAAAGCAUAAGCAUGUAAAAUCAAGAAUCCUCAAGUACUUAAAAAUGCGUGCACUUGGACGCCUAUUAGAUGAUCACGGGAAACCUAACAGUGAUGUUCUAGAAAAGCUAUUUUUAUCCAUCGACUCGGAUGGAGACGCGCGUCUCUCGCAUUCAGAACUACGGGCUUUGGUUGUAGGAAUGCGAUUAUAUGAAAUUAAUUUAAACGAAGAUGAUGCCGUUAACAAAGUUAUGAAAGAUUUCGACACAUCUGAAAACAAUGAAGUUGACUUUGAAGAAUUCGUUGCUGGAAUUGGAAAAUGGCUCGAGGAGGCGAAGGGUUCGAAAAUAGAUGCUCAUAUCGCUGGUCCUGACACAUUGAAGUACAUUCAUGACUAUUAUGAGGAGACAAAGAAAGAGCAUGAUCUAUUAGGAGAUGAUGCUGGUGAAGAUGAUGAAGAAGAAGGUGUAGACGAUCCACGUGGGACAACCAUAAAAGCUGUUUUGUUUCUGUUAAUCGGCACGUUUAUCGCAGCUGCUUUUGCUGAUCCACUUGUAGAUGCUGUUAGCAAUUUUUCUACUGCCACAAGUAUUCCUUCUUUCUUCAUCUCGUUCAUUGCUUUGCCUUUAGCAACCAACUCAAGUGAAGCGGUAUCUGCAAUCAUCUUUGCAUCACGCAAGAAGAAGAGAUCUGCAUCUCUUACAUUUUCAGAGUUAUAUGGGGCAGUAACGAUGAAUAAUGUACUUUGCCUAUCGGUGUUUCUAGCACUUGUAUACGUGAGAGGAUUAACAUGGGACUUUUCUUCUGAAGUGCUCGUUAUUCUGAUUGUUUGCAUCGUGAUGGGCGUUUUUGGAAGUUUACGCACCACGUUCCCUCUUUGGACGUCUUUCAUUGCUUUUGCCCUCUAUCCGUUUUCCCUUAUCCUGGUGUAUGUUCUCGACUAUGUUUUUGGUUGGUCAUAGGUUCAAUGUCUUUUCCAGGCGUCUUGCGUUUUGUAUUGUUCUUGACCACGAGCUUUUUCAUUUUGAAAAACGAGAUCUGAAAAGAACCUCAGUUUAUUGGCAUGCGAAUUGAUGUGAUCUUUUGUAACUAAUAUGGAAGUUAAAUAAUUGGCUUGAUCCAACUUUCUAAA